UGGGUCAGUAUUAGCCGGACCACCAAACACUGUGGAUCGAUCGCAGAGACAGCAGCAACGGACGUAAUUGGCCAAACAAAACAAGUUAGCCGAACCGAUUUGUAUGAAUAACAACAACAAUAAACAUGUUAAAAUAUCAUAGAAAUGUGUUAACUCAUCGUGAGAACAUUUAUAAACAAACCGCUAUAAUUAAACAACAACUCCGUUUGUUGUCUUCCAAGUCCCCGAACGAAGAUACUUCGUAUGACUUCCAAAAAGAGUGGGCCCAAGCCAAGCCCUUCGAGGCAAUACCCAGCGAAAGUCGCCUAUCAAUGCUGAUGAAAUUCUUACCCGGUGGCAAAUAUGCCAAACUCGAUGCCACCCAAUUGAUGUUGGCGUUGAAAAAAGAUUUGGGUGACAUUAGCCUGCUGCGCGGUAUGUUGGGUAAAAAAUCAUUUGUGGUCACUCAUAAUCCACAGGAUUUUGAAAUGGUCUUGCGCAACGAAGGCAUUUGCCCGGUACGGCCGGGAAUGGAGGUAUUGGCCCAUUAUCGUAGUGUCGUGAAGAAGGAUUUCUAUCAAGGCAACGAGGGACUUCUGUCGACGGCCGGUGAAAAAUGGGGUAACUUCCGCUCGGCCGUCAAUCCAGUUCUGAUGCAACCGAAAAAUGUACGCCUCUACAUGCAUAAAAUGUCAAAGGUCAACAAGGAGCUAAUGGAAAGAAUUCGCGCCAUACGUGACCCUCAAACGUUGGAAGUGCCCGCCUCCUUUGAGGAGGAAAUUAAUCGUUGGACCCUGGAGUCGGUAUCUAUUGUGGCACUGGACAAACAAUUGGGCUUACUCUCCGACAAUCGCAACGAUCCAAAGGCUCGUAAAAUUUUCGAUUCUCUGACUGAGUUCUUUACGCUCGGUUUCCAAAUCGAAUUUCAACCUUCCAUAUGGAAAUAUAUUGAGACACCAACAUAUAAGAAACUAAUAAAGGCCAUGGACACAAUGCAGGACACAAUUGCCAGUUAUAUUCAAGAGGCCAUUGAGCGCAUGGAGGCCGAGGAGAAGGCUGGUGUACCCCCAAAAGCGGAAAGUGAACAAAGCGUGUUGGAAAAACUGCUCAAAGUGGAUAAGAAAAUAGCUCAGGUCAUGGCCAUGGAUAUGCUGCUGGCGGGCGUGGAUACGACCUCCACCACCUUUGUGGCCUUACUGUUGUGCCUGAGCAAAAAUCCCGAAAAACAGGCCAAGCUACGCGAAGAAAUUUUAAAAAUUCUCCCCGAAAAAAAUUCCGAAUUCACUGAGGAAGCCUUUCGCAACAUGCCCUAUUUAAGGGCCUGCAUCAAAGAGUCCCAGCGUAUCUAUCCCCUGGCCGUGGGCAAUGUAAGGGUAAAUCAAAAAGAUGUUGUCCUCAGCGGUUAUCGGGUACCAGCCGGCCAGCAGGUAUUUAUGGUCUCCGCUUCAUUGAAUCACGAUGAACGUUACUAUCCCAGGGCCAAUGAGUUUCUGCCCGAACGUUGGCUAAGGCAAGAAAAAGGCACUGCCACCGAAUCGUCCCUAAAACCGAGUAGUCCUUUUGUUUUCUUGCCAUUCGGUUUUGGGCCACGCAGCUGUAUUGGGCGCCGUAUUGUGGAAAUGGAAAUUGAAUUGGGUAUUGCCCGGCUGAUUCGUAACUUCCACGUUGAGUUUAACCAUCCCACCGAGAAUGCCUUUAAAUCAUUGCAAAUUAAUAUUCCCAAUAUUCCGUUGAAAUUUAAAUUUACGGAUAUUUAGAAAUUAUGAAAUUAAAUAAAGUAAUUAAUUAUUCCA